UUGAGGGCGCAAUAAAACUUUAUGAGGAGCUUGAUAUAUACCUGAGCAGUUUUCCCUGAUCAUGACUUUGGCAGCCUUACCUAGCUCUGGUACAAACUAGCAAACAGAACAGGCUAUGAAAUAAGAUGGCACGUAAAAAAUUUAGUGGCUUAGAAAUCACUCUGAUUGUCCUCUUUAUUAUAGUUACCAUAAUAGCUAUUGCCCUAAUUGCUGUUUUAGCAACCAGGACACCUGCUGUUGAAGGAAGUACUGGUUCUACUGCAACUCCAGCAACUACUCGUUCAACCACUGUGCAUCCGGGGUCAGGAAAAUGUCCAAGUGAGCAGUAUGAUCCUAUCAAUGAGAGAAUAAACUGCAUUCCAGAUCAAUUUCCAACAAAGGCUACUUGUGAAUUGCGAGGUUGCUGCUGGAGACCCUGGAAUAAUUCUGUUAUACCUUGGUGUUUCUUUGCAAAUAACCAUGGCUAUACUGCUGCGGGAAUUAAAACAACAAAUACUGGACUUGAAGCCCAAUUAAACAGGAUUUCUUCACCCACAGUAUUUGGAAAUGACAUUAACACUCUUGUCCUCACAACUCAAAGUCAAACAUCCAAUCGCUUCCGGUUUAAGAUCACUGAUCCAAAUAAUAGAAGAUAUGAAGUUCCUCAUCAGUUUGUAAAAGAAUUUAGUGGAACUGCAGCUUCUGAUACAUUGUAUGAUGUGAGAGUUACAGAGAAUCCAUUCAGCAUCAAAGUUAUUAGAAAAAGCAACAAUAACAUUUUGUUUGACACCAGCAUUGGUCCCUUGGUAUAUUCUGACCAGUAUCUACAGAUCUCAACCAGGGUUCCCAGUGAAUAUAUUUAUGGUUUUGGGGAACAUAUUCAUAAGAGAUUUCGUCAUGAUUUGUAUUGGAAAACAUGGCCCAUUUUUACCCGGGAUCAACUUCCUGGUGAUAAUAAUAAUAAUUUAUAUGGCCAUCAAACAUUCUUCAUGUGCAUUGAAGAUACUUCUGGAAAGUCAUUUGGUGUUUUCUUGAUGAACAGCAAUGCGAUGGAGAUUUUCAUCCAGCCUACUCCUAUCAUAACUUACAGAAUUAUUGGUGGCAUUCUGGACUUUUACAUCUUUCUAGGUGAUACACCAGAACAAGUAGUGCAACAGUAUCAAGAGCUCAUUGGGCGACCGGCAAUGCCAGCAUAUUGGAGCCUUGGAUUCCAGCUGAGUAAAUGGAAUUAUACAUCACUUGAUGUAGUGAAAGAAGUGGUAAAAAGAAAUCGGGAAGCUGGCAUACCAUUUGAUACACAGGUCACUGAUAUUGACUAUAUGGAAGACAAGAAAGACUUCACCUAUGAUAAAGUUGCAUAUAACGGGCUCCCUGAAUUUGUUCAAGAUUUGCAUGAUCAUGGACAGAAAUAUGUCAUCAUUUUGGACCCCGGAAUUGCCAUCAGUAAGCGGGCGGAUGGAUCUAAGUAUGCUACCUAUGAGAGGGGAAAUGAACAAAAAGUUUGGGUAAACGACUCAGAUGGGACUACAACUAUUAUCGGAGAGGUAUGGCCAGGAUUAUCAGUAUACCCUGAUUUCACUAAUCCAAGCUGCAUAGAGUGGUGGGCAAAUGAAUGCAGCACUUUCCAUCAAGAAGUGAAAUAUGAUGGACUUUGGAUUGACAUGAAUGAAGUUUCCAGCUUUGUUCAAGGUUCAACAAAAGGAUGCAAUGACAACAAAUGGAAUUAUCCACCUUUUACUCCUGAUAUUCUUGACAAACUCAUGUAUUCCAAAACAAUUUGCAUGGAUGCUGUGCAGACCUGGGGGAAACAGUAUGAUGUUCACAGCCUCUAUGGAUACAGCAUGUCUAUAGCUACAGAGAAAGCUGUGCAAAAAGUUUUUCCUAACAAGAGAAGCUUUAUUCUGACUCGGUCAACUUUUGCUGGAACUGGAGUCCAUGCUGCACAUUGGUUAGGAGACAACACCGCUUCAUGGGAGCAAAUGGAAUGGUCCAUCACAGGCAUGCUGGAGUUCGGUUUGUUUGGAAUGCCAAUGAUUGGAGCAGAUAUCUGUGGAUUUGUGGUGGAUACCACAGAAGAGCUCUGCAGAAGAUGGAUGCAACUUGGGGCAUUCUAUCCAUUUUCCAGAAACCAUAAUGCUGAUGGAUAUGUGCAUCAAGACCCAGCGUUUUUUGGACAAAAUUCUCUUUUGGUUAAUUCAUCAAGGCACUAUUUGAAUAUUCGUUACACUUUAUUACCUUUUCUUUAUACUCUUUUUUAUAAAGCCCAUACGUUUGGAGAAACAGUAGCAAGGCCAUUUCUUCAUGAGUUUUAUCAGGAUACAAAUAGCUGGAUUGAGGACACUCAGUUCCUAUGGGGCCCCUCAUUACUUAUUACCCCAGUCUUGAAGCAGGGAGCGGAGAUAGUGAGUGCAUACAUCCCUGAUGCUACUUGGUAUGAUUAUGAAACUGUAAGUAACCUUAAUAUCAUAAUAGACUCACAAGUAUUAUAUUGUGGAACAUCUUUACAUGGAAACUUAAGUCCAAACAUGCACCAUAUCUAUUUGCACCGAAAGAACCCUCUAGGACUUAUAGUUGCAUUAGAUGAAGAUAACACAGCUAAAGGAGACUUUUUCUGGGAUGAUGGAGAAACUAAAGAUACCAUAGAAAAUGGCAUCUACAUUUUUUACAAAUUUUCUGUUUCUAAUAACAAAUUAGAUAUCAGCUGCACACACUCAUCAUACCAAGAAGGAACUGCUUUAGCAUUUGAGACUAUUAAAAUCCUGGGGCUCACAGACAAUGUUAUAGGAGUUACAGUGAAAGAAAAUAAUCAACCAAUGCAGACUCACUACAAUUACACUUAUGAUGCUUCCAGCAAGAGUCUCUUAAUUUACAAUCUCAAGUUUAACCUUGGAAAAAACUUUACCGUUCAGUGGAAUCAAAUUUUCUCAGAAAAUGAAAGAUUUAAUUGUUAUCCAGAUGCAGAACCUCCAACCCAGAAAAGCUGUGAAGAACGUGGCUGUGUAUGGCAACCGUCUCUGUCCAGAGCACCUGAUUGCUACUUUCCUAGAAAUGACAACUCUUAUUUAGUCACUUCAACUGCGUAUUCACCAAUGGGUAUAACCGCUGACCUCCAGCUGAACACUGCAAAUGCUCGAAUAAAGCGACCUUCAAAACCCAUCUCAACUCUUCGUGUGGAGGUGAAAUAUCACAAAAAUGACAUGCUGCAGUUCAAGAUUUAUGACCCGAAAAAUAAGAGAUAUGAAGUCCCAGUACCAUUAAACAUUCCAACCAUGCCAACAAGUACUUAUGAAAAUAGACUUUAUGAUGUUGAAAUCCAGGAAAAUCCUUUUGGCAUCCUGAUUCGACGAAGAAGCACAGGAAGAGUUAUCUGGGAUUCUCGCCUACCUGGAUUUACUUUUAAUGACCAGUUCAUUCAAAUAUCUACUCGCCUGCCAUCAGAAUAUAUAUAUGGUUUUGGGGAAGCGGAACACACAGCAUUUAAGCGAGAUCUAAACUGGAACACUUGGGGAAUGUUCACAAGAGACCAACCCCCUGGUUAUAAACUAAAUUCCUAUGGAUUUCAUCCCUAUCACAUGGCUCUGGAAGAUGAGGACAAUGCUCAUGGAGUUUUCUUUCUUAACAGCAAUGCAAUGGAUGUGACAUUUCAGCCAACUCCUGCUCUCACUUACCGCACAAUUGGAGGAAUCUUGGACUUUUACAUGUUUUUGGGCCCAACUCCAGAAGUUGCAACAAAGCAAUUCCAUGAAGUAAUUGGCCGACCAGUCAUGCCACCUUACUGGGCUUUGGGAUUCCAAUUAUGUCGCUAUGGUUACAAAAAUACUUCAGAGGUCCAGGAAGUAUAUGAAAACAUGACAGCUGCUCAGAUCCCCUAUGAUGUACAAUACACAGACAUCGAUUACAUGGAAAGGCAACUAGACUUCACAAUUGGUGACGACUUCCGUGACCUUCCUCAGUUUGUUGACAAAAUAAGAAGUGAAGGAAUGAAAUACAUUAUUAUCCUGGAUCCAGCAAUUUCAGGAAAUGAAACGAAGCCUUACCCUACAUUUACAAGAGGACAGGAAAAAGAUGUCUUUAUCAAAUGGCCUAAUACCAAUGAUAUCUGUUGGGCAAAGGUUUGGCCAGAUUUGCCUAAUAUAACGAUAAAUGAAAGUCUGACUGAAGAUGAAGCUGUUAAUGCUUCCAGAGCUCAUGUCGCUUUUCCAGAUUUCUUCAGGCGCUCCACAGCAGAGUGGUGGGAAAGGGAAAUCAUAGAUUUCUACAAUGACCAGAUGAAGUUUGAUGGCUUGUGGAUUGAUAUGAAUGAACCAUCAAGUUUUAUACAUGGGUCAACUACUUCAUGCAGAAAUAAAGAGCUAAAUUAUCCACCUUAUAUGCCAGAACUCACAAAAAGACAUGAGGGAUUACAUUUCAGAACCAUGUGUAUGGAAACCGAGCAGAUCCUUAGUGAUGAAUCAUCAGUUUUGCAUUACAAUGUCCACAAUCUAUAUGGAUGGUCACAAAUGAAACCUACUUACGAUGCAUUGCAGAAGGCAACUGGCAAGAGAGGAAUGGUGAUAUCUCGUUCCACAUAUCCUACUGCUGGACGAUGGGGGGGACACUGGCUUGGAGACAACUACGCACAAUGGGACAAUUUGGACAAAUCGAUCAUCGGUAUGAUGGAAUUUAGUCUCUUUGGAAUUUCAUAUACUGGAGCAGAUAUCUGUGGUUUCUUCAAUAAUUCAGAAUAUCACCUCUGCACCCGCUGGAUGCAACUUGGAGCAUUUUAUCCAUACUCAAGAAAUCACAACGUUGCAGGCACUAGGAGGCAAGAUCCUGCUUCCUGGAAUCAAACUUUUUCAGAAAUGUCAAAGAAUGUUCUAAAUAUAAGAUACACUUUAUUGCCAUACUUCUAUACACAGAUGCAUGAAAUUCAUGCUCAUGGUGGCACUGUUAUCCGACCGCUUUUGCAUGAGUUCUAUAAGGAGAAGACUACCUGGGACAUAUUCAAGCAGUUCCUGUGGGGCCCAGCAUUUAUGGUUACCCCUGCAUUGGAACCUUAUCAGACCGUUGUAAGAGGCUAUGUCCCUAAUGCUCGGUGGUUUGAUUACCAUACGGGCCAAGAUAUUGGUGUCAGAGGAACGUUUAAGGAUUUUGAUACUCCCUUUGAUAAAAUAAACCUCCAUGUUCGCGGUGGUUACAUCCUACCCUGUCAAGAGCCUGCUCAAAACACAUUUCACAGUCGACAAAACUACAUGAGGCUCAUUGUUGCUGCAGAUGAUAAUCAUAUGGCACAAGGAUCUCUGUUUUGGGAUGAUGGAGAGUCUAAAAGCACCUAUGAAAAUGACCUAUAUUUCUUGGCACAAUUUAAUUUGAACAAGACCACCUUGACAAGCACUAUAUUGAAAAAUGGUUACGGAAACCCAAAUGAAAUGAGGCUUGGAUUCAUCAAUAUAUGGGGAAUAGGAAAUACUCUUGUUAAUAAGGUUAAUCUCAUAUAUAACGGAAAUAAUGAGUCACUUAGAUUUACUCAAGAAGCAGAUAAGCAGAUAUUAAAUAUCAAUUUGACAGUGAAUAAUGUUAUUCUCAAUCAACCGAUAGUAAUCAACUGGUCCUGAAGAUCAUCAUCCAUUCCAGUUGCCAAAGGGACAUUAACAUCUGGAUUCACAUUUUACCAUACUUAUAAGCUUUCCUCUUCCUUGGUUUCUCACAUUGUGUAAAAUACGAUUUUCAUAAGAUCAAUCUAAAGUUAUUAUACAAAUUGAAUGCUGAAAAUUGUGAAAAAUGAAUAAAUAAUAAUUUUGUUAUAUUAA